CCAUCAAGAAUGAAUUAUAUAUAUAGAUAUAUAGACACUUCCAUCAUUUCUAUUGAGAAUGAACUAUGAGAUACAGUGUGUGUGUGUGUGUAUACAUAUACAUGUGUGUCAACAGUCCCACGUCAGAUCACCCACGACCUCAAACAACAUAGAGUUCAGGGGAAAACUGCAUACAUACAAUAUAGUAAGCCAUCUCAAUUAUAUACAACCAAUAGCUAGUAUCGGAGGCUUGUAGGAGGUUGCUAUUUCCGUCCAACUUUGGGCUUAAUGGGGACUCCAGGGAGCAUAACGGUGAGUUAAUGAAUAAGAGAGGAGGUCACUUCGCCAAGGGAAAGCAGAGAAAAUUCAGUGCAUUUGUUCUCUUCCAACUGAAAGUGAAGAACGUGUUUGGAUUUUGGGAGAAAAACUUAAAUUCCUCUUAAUGGUUGUGAAAUGUCACAUCAGGCCGUGCAAUGGGAAAGUCGGGAAGAAAGGGAAAGGGGAUCCGAUUGAAAAUCAACCUGCGCUCCUGGGGAAGCGGAGCCUGCCUCUGAACGGCUCUAGGAAGAAAUCCCCAUAGAUUCAAAUAGGCUCCGGAACCGCCCAGAGUUCUGUGGUCCGUUGCAUCCGUUACGCAGGCUUCACCGAUCCAAGCGUUCAAACCAGAUCUCUUUCAAGGCUGAUGGUUUCUACAUUUGAACUCUGGCAGUUAUUCGGAGUCCUUGUUUCGGGGGGAGGAAAGGCAGAAGAAUCCCUUUCAAGCUCCCGACGCACCUCCUCCAGCAAGGCCGGCCAGCUGGUGCCAAUGACUCCAUGACCGCCUCCAAGGUGAUGGCCAUGCUGCCGCAGGGGAAGAACUGGCGCUCCAUGGGCAAGGGCCUGGCGCUGGGCACCCUCCUGACCAGCUUCAUGCUGCUGCUCUACUCCUACGCCAUCUCGCCCUUGCAAGUCAGCAUGACCGAGACGCCCAUCCCCUCGGCUUGCUCUUCCCUCCGUGCCCCGGCCCGCCUGCCCUCCUCCUCCAACGCCAGCCGCAGCCUCUCGGGCCGCAGGUGCCUCCCCAAGCGGGACAUCAUGUUCAUGAAGACCCACAAGACAGCCAGCAGCACCAUCCUCAACAUCCUCUUCCGCUUUGGGGAGAAGCACCGCCUCAAGUUUGCCUUCCCCAACGGCCGCAACGACUUCUACUACCCGUCCUUCUUUGAGCGCAGCCAGGUGCGGGACUACCGCCCGGGCAUGUGCUUCAACAUCAUCUGCAACCACAUGCGCUUCCAGUACGAGGAGGUGCGCAAGCUGCUGCCGGCCGGCGCCACCUUUGUGACGGUGCUGCGGGACCCGGCGUACCUCUUUGAGUCCUCCUUCCACUACUUUGGGCGCAUCAUUCCCUUGACCUGGAAGCUCUCCGGGGAGGACAAGCUGGCCGAGUUCCUGCGGGACCCCUGGCGCUACUACGACCCCAACGGCUUCAACGCCCACUACCUGCAGAACCUGCUCUUCUUUGACCUGGGCUACGACAACACCCUGAACCCCAGCAGCCCCCGGGUGGAGCAGUCCAUCCAAGAGAUCGACCAGCGCUUCCACUUGGUCAUGCUCCUGGAGUACUUUGACGAGUCCCUGGUGCUCCUCAAGGACUUGCUCUGCUGGGAGCUGGAGGACGUCCUCUACUUCAAGCUCAACGCCCGGAAGGACUCCACCGUCUCCCGCUUGACGGGCGAGCUCUACCAGAAGGCCACCGCCUGGAACCUCAUUGACGCCAAGCUCUACCGGCACUUCAACGCCACGUUCUGGCGCAAGGUGGAGGCCUACGGGAGGGAGCGCAUGGCCGAGGACGUGGCCCGCCUCCAGGAGGAGAACGAGAAGAUGACCCGCAUUUGCAUCGACGGGGGCCGCCCCGUGGACGCCAACGCCAUCCAGGAGUCCGCCAUGCAGCCCUGGCAGCCCCUGGGCGAGAAGUCCAUCCUGGGCUACAACCUCAAGAAGCGCAUCCACAAGAAGCACCGCAAGCUGUGCCGCAAGAUGCUGACCCCCGAGAUCCAGUACCUGACGGACUUAGGAGUCAACCUGUGGAUCACCAAGCUCUGGAGCCGAGUGCGGGAUUUCCUCAAGUGGUAGGCGUGGGCGCCGGCCCCUCUCCCUGACCCACCGCGAGGACCGCCUGGUGCUUAUCCUUCCCAUUCCCCUUCCUUCAAUCCUUCCUCGUAUUUUUUGGGGGUCGGCCAUGUUGCCAUCGUGCCACCCGAGAGUGUGCCGACCGGUUUCAACACCAGACCACGUCGAGAAGCAACUAGAUUGAGCAGCCGAGAAACAAAAUAUCUCCCCGUCACCUUGGCAAAGGCUUCUGUGUGAACCUGAUGCUGUGCAGAUUCUGAGCUGCAACACUAAAGAGCAGAGCAAACAAUAACAGACCACAACACCAAGAAAGACACCGUGGUCGUCCGCAAUAUUCUCUCUUCCCUUGUUUCUGCUUCCUCUGUUUCCAGUGUUUGUAGACAGACAAACAGUUGCCUAUUUCCCCAUCUGUGUGAUUCUUAAGCAACAGUCGAGAGCACGUUCCUUAAGAACCGUACAAUAUGGGCCUCACUACAUCACAAACCGGAAGCAAUUCUGUUACGGCUUCUCCGUCUUGGGUCCUACAGAUAUUUUGGCAACAUCUGAAGGAACAAGAAUUACAGUUCAGUCUUUCGACAGAAAGCGUCCAUUUUUAGAUCAUUAGAAAACCAUCCUAUGUUCCCAGUGUAGACACAAGGGAACGGAUAAGCCGUAACUGUUUGUCUGUCUGUCCCCCUUGUAUGUCGACCCUUCUCAAAGUGUUAUUCCCCCCCCCCCCCCCCCAAUGUGUUGUUAAUGCCUAAGACCAAAUCGAUAAGAGUAUUUUGCUUCAAGCUUGGAAAAGCCACCCUUUUGGGGGGAAACAACUCCUGAAGGAGGGUUCUCUGGGAGGUGGAAUCCCAAAAGAGAGGCCUUUUCCCAGUUCGGGUUGAUUACGAGUGCGUUACCGAGUGCGUUACUGAGCGUGUUUUCCGAUUUCCUUGGGUCCAGAAUGGAAGAAGCCGCCCCAAGGAAAUGGCCCCCGUUGGGAUGCUUUAUGGAGAGCUUGGAAAAGCCUAGAGAACCCGUCCCACCGAGUCAAGGCUGCAGCGUAGGGAUGCCGAGGCCGACCUCAGGCAUUUCUUUCCCUCUCGUUCCCAAAGUGAUGCCUUUUGCUGGGACUCAAGAGCGGGGCCACCAGCUCUUCACAAGCCUGUUUUGUUCUAAUCACAUUCUGGUGCUUACCGAUUUCUGAUCCGGAACCUUCUUGUCCAACACCGGUGAAGACCACUUGUUUGUGCCCCCUGCCCCCAUGUUUCCCCUUCCUAAGCCGCCUCGAGGCAUGCGCCGUAAUCUAUUUCUCAUCGUUGUAAGUGUUUGUUUUAUUUAUUCGUAAACUGUUUCAGCCUAAAUGGACAGGAGACGACAACCUUUGAGUCUCUGCCGACAACCCAGUUAAGGGAAACUGUACUCUCUAUAUAGUAUUAGACAUAUAUAUAUAUAUAUAGGAACAAAGGUCCAAAGUCUUGCCUAUUUGUGUGUGCUAUACACCCCAAUCUCCAGCAGGUAGAAGGGCCGACUGAUAUGGAAACCCUGUCGAAUUGAGAUCUGGGCCCAGAAACGUCUUCCUCCAAAACCCAUGGUUUGAGGAUCCCAGGAUUUCCCUCUUUGGACACAAAUGAUAGGAUCUGGUGAGGACCAGCAUACUUCCUUUAUUGGGGGGGGGGGGGUCACUGAAGGCAUAAAUGGGGGGAAGCCCUUCCGAGGCCCCCGACGUUUGCGGUGCCAGGUCAACCAGGGGAGCCUCUCUCCGUGCCUCCGUUCCCCCACUCCUUCUCCCCACUGUCCCAUCUUCUGCGUGUGUCCAAUACAAUACAAUAAAAAGUUCACUAGAGUGUUGUAAAAUACAUUAUACUGUAUAUCAGACUGGUUUUUUUGAAUACAGAGGUUUUGUUCCACCGUU